AGGCGGCGGCAGCGAGCGGCGCCGGCGCCGCCAUGUCCAUGGAGGACCCGUUCUUCGUGGUGAAGGGGGAGGUGCAGAAAGCAGUGAAUACUGCCCAGGGGCUCUUCCAGAGGUGGACAGAGCUUUUGCAAGAUCCUUCUAUAGCCACAAGAGAAGAAAUCGACUGGACCACUAAUGAGCUCAGGAACAAUUUGCGGAGCAUUGAGUGGGACUUGGAAGACCUGGAUGAAACAAUUAGUAUUGUUGAGGCAAACCCUCGGAAAUUCAACCUCGAUGCAACGGAGUUGGGUAUACGGAAAGCCUUCAUCACAAGCACGCGGCAGGUGGUCAGGGAAAUGAAGGAUCAGAUGUCAAACUCUUCCAUGCAAGCACUGGCUGAAAGAAGAAACAGGCAGGCACUCCUGGGAGAAAGUGGGAGUCAGAGUUGGAGCUCUGCACCUGAAAAAUACAGCCGUCUGGAUCCAGAACUGCAAUUAGCAAAUUCACACUUCAUUGAGGAGCAACAAGCUCAACAACAGCUGAUUGUCGAGCAGCAAGAUGAGCAGUUGGAGCUGGUCUCUGGCAGCAUCGGGGUGCUGAAGAACAUGUCCCAGCGCAUUGGCGGGGAGCUGGAAGAACAGGCAGUGAUGCUGGACGACUUCUCUCAUGAAUUAGACAGCACUCAGUCACGGCUUGAUAACGUCAUGAAGAAGCUUGCAAAAGUGUCUCACAUGACUAGCGAUCGACGGCAGUGGUGUGCAAUUAUCGUCCUCUUUGUUAUCUUGCUGGUGGUGCUCAUCCUGUUUUUUGUCCUGUGAUGGACUGAACUUCCUUGGAAGCCCCCCUUCCCGUCCCCCUGGCCCCUUAAAAUGGGGAAAUGAAACUGUUACCGUUUCCGUCCGCCCUCAGAGAUCCCCGUGGAGAAAACCUGCACCCAGCUCUUACCGUUCUCCUCUGAGGACUUAAUGCCUGUGGCUUGGCUCCGCCGUCAUCUGACUGUCUCGUCACUUGGCCUUGGGGAGGGGGGAUGGAGGAUUCAAGUAGUCCGUGGCUCCUCUGGGUAGCGGGCUGCCUUCUCUCCCGGUGCAGCAAGGAGGGCACUAGCUCUGAACCUAGGCAGCUGGAAAGGACUUUACCACUGUGUUUCCACCUCUUGCAGGUAUGAGCCGGUUGCAGCUUGGAAGCGGUCCCAAGCCAUCUAUGGUCAGAUGCAGGAACAGAGCAGCAAUUCCUUAGAGGGGGGAAGGGAGGGGGGAUUAUUUCAGUGAGCAUUAGGAACUGCACUGCCAGCCAGCUGUGUCGCACUUGCACCCCCAUGGGUGGUCACUAGGAAGGCAGGGUGGCCCAGGAGCGCUGGCUCUCCCAGCUGCUGUUUUCAUUCCUACUUGGGCCACCUCCACCGUGCAGCCGGGCCCGAGGCCCCCGGCCGAGGCGGGUGUUUUGGCAGCGAUGCGUGCGCACCAAGCUGCGGCAGGCGCUUGCCGACCAAAAGCAUUAGUCAGAAGAGCGCUGGCUCUCAACUGCUGACAAAACCCCCCAAUGUGAGCGUGUACCUGCGUAUCUGAGGUGAGGGAGGGGAGCGCUGGCCAGGCUGCCGGCUUCCUGCACGCUGAGUUGCCUUCCUCUUGGUGGCGGGGAUCUGACUGCAGAGCGAUGCUGAGUUCACUCCAAAAUCCUACAGUGAAUCUGGAGCAGAGCAUCCACAUCCAAGACCCCUGGGCAGAAACUUAUAUACUGCAUGUAGGCUAAUCAUAAGGUAUACUGUCCUGCCAUAGGUGAGACAGUUGUCAUGAGAAACUCCAGAGCUUUAAACUUGUGUUAAUGCACUGCAAGCUGAAAGCUGGCAAACAAACAUUACCCCGAGGGUGAAUUUCAUAAAGCUUUUAAGUAUCCUUCGUUAUACAAGCCUCAAAAGCUCAUUGACUGAUGCUUUCCUUGCCCUUGUAUAACUGAAUAACUGCUUCUGUUUAACAGCUGCUUCCCUUCUGCAAGUGAUUUGUCAGUUCUAAAAUAAGGGAGUUUUUAUUUUGUUUUGUUUUUUUUAGGAAAAAGAACGUUAAAGAUUUUUUUUGGUGACCGUUAGAGCCACAUUCUCUCUCUGUGGAUGCAAGACAUGCAUUAUCAGAGGAAUUGGCUUAAUUAUGUAUUUUAACUGCAUACGAAUAUGUAAAUAGAAUGUCUUAACUUUUCCCAACCAAUAUUUUUUUGGAAACUUUCUUUGUAAGAAACCAAAAGACAUGAAAUUCAAAGCUCAGUCACUCGUCUGUAUUACUGCCUAGUCCUUUUGUUACCUCUGACUUGUCCCGGAAGUAUCGGUCAGGCCUAGUUUCCUUGCUCUUCCAGCAAAUUAGGAGCCAUAGCCAAUUAGCUGAAACCAAAAUGUGGUCUAGAGAGCUCACCCUGGCAGCAUGACUGGGGAGAAGUACAAGUGGGGGAGGUUGUGCUGCAGUAAUUGAUUGCAGAGAUAUGGGGUAACUCUUGGUCAAAAAAAAAAUACAUAUAUCCUGAAGUCUGUUCCCUUAUUUAUUUAAGUUUCUUUAGGAAGAGAAACAGAGUCAGGACAAGCUGACUUAGGCCGUCCAUCUGUGUCUCAGAUGGAGGCGGGGGAGGAAGUUAAUUGGUGCUGACACUAGGACUUCCACAAAAGCUGCAAACUCUCCCCGAAAAAUCUUCUGCCCCAAGAGUGAAAUUCGCCAUCUAGAUGGCUUUCGUUGCCCUGGGUUUUUAGCCCAUGCUUAACAUUCCUCUACGCACUGGUGUUUGUGGCUCGGUUUAAGCUACAGCGUGAUUUACUGUUCAAAUGGUUAUGCACUGGAAGCAGGCAGUGUUGUGCCUUUCACCGCGAGGCUCGGGAAGAAAACCUAUCGCGCUGCCCCGUGAUGUCGGGGUGGAAACUGUUGUAAUUAAUGCACACGUGUCCUUAACACUAACAUGCAAAAAUUAUUCUGGCAAUUGCUCUUAAUUAUUGCAGAGCAUCUUGUUUCUCUCAGUUGUGUUGUAUUAAAUACAUACUGUCUCCUUACCAAUAAUUGCUAUUACAAUAUCUGUACCCUUUCUUGGGUUUAAUACCUCUCAAGACUACGUUUGCAGCAAGCAGGAGUCCGGAAGGUGCCGGUCAGCAGUUACCCUCUCUGGGGACCUGGGCACGACGUCCUGCGCCGGCCUGUUUCCACCUCGCUCUUACGGAUUGGGGUCGGGGCGGAUUUGGGCGCGAGCAUCGCGCGCUGCUCACGCUCGUCUUCUGGGACAAAGCGCCCGGCCGCGCGUUCGGGAUCGCCUUCUCUGGAGCGACUGCCUGGCGACUCGUACAGUCGGGGACCCGGAGCCCACGUUUCACAGGCUAGAAGCGACGCGCAGGGGAAGGAGAAAACGUGCCCUCUGCUUUAGCUCGCCCCUGCUCUGCUUCUAGGCCAGCUGAGCGCACGUGGCGCCGACGGAUUGGGGCGUAGGGCUCUUCCUUUAUUUAUAUACCUCUGUUCCCCACGUUAUUUUAAGCACAGUCGUGCAUUCUCCACGAAUUACUUCUAACGAUUCUUGCAGGACUGCUCCUUUGUUUAGGAAGCUGUUAAGUCUAAUGUGUUACCGGAAGGCAACUAGAACUGCUGUGCUUGUGUGUCUGUCUAGGUGUCAUCGCUAGCUACCGAGUCGUCUUCGUUCGUCUUUCCGUGUACGUUCGUUUUGUUGGUGGUGCCCUUUCGUUUAAUGCUAAAUAAACGCAUUCCUGCAGG